AUGGAGGAGACCUAGAAGAAUGAAAAUUACAACUGUAAUUUCCUAUACGCCGUACUCCGUACCUGGCCUCGACUAAUGCCAGGUCUUGGCGUAAAAAAUGUCAGGUUUACACCAGCCUGCAACGCGCAAAAAAAAUGUGUGGAGGCGGCAGACAAAAUUUCCCCUCACACAAUAUCAAAAGGAUUCUAUCUGGAAAAAUACCCAGAGAUUGUCUUCUAGUAUUAAUGUUUUGAACAAUCAUUCAGAGACUACUUUUUCAAAGACGCGAUUCUGUUCUCAGUUGCUCUACAUUUCAUUUUCUUGGUCUGACAGAGAGCUCCAUUCUCUUAACAACUCUCUUUCCUCCGCAUCGCUUCCCCGCACAUAACGGCCAGCGCGGAAUGGCAGAGGCACAGAAACCCACUGGAAUGGGAGCAAACCCAAAUGCUGAGGCAGAAAAGGAUGUCCAGGAUGUUCUUGCAGAGCUGAAGGCUGAGGAAGCCGGCAAGCAAGAGAAGGAGGAAGAGGCCCCGGCUUCGACCGAGCCAGAAAAGACAGAAUCCCCAGCGAACGGCGCUCAAGCUGAUGCCGAAGCGGAAGAAGAGGCUAGAAUCAUUGCAGCUGCGAACAAGUUAGGCCAGGAGUCAGCCCCGGAGGAUAAGUCGAAGCAAGAAAAAGGUGGGCGUGGAGGUUCUCGGAGCGCCCCAGGCGGAGAAAAGAAACGGGUGAACUAUAGGGACAAUAUCAAGUCAGAUGUGACUACAUUGGAACAAACCAGCGAUCCGGAGCAGAUUCGCAAACAGGUUGAGUUUUACUUCUCCGAUUCUAAUCUUCCCAUGGACAAAUUCUUGCUCUCCAAAGUUGGUGGCAGCGAAAACAACCCCGUCGAACUAUCCCUACUUCAUUCAUUUAAGCGGAUGAGACGUUUCCAGCCCUUCAGCGCCAUUGUCGACGCCCUCAAGGACUCUCAAACCCUCGAGCUCACCAAUGACAAUACCUGCGUUCGGCGCAAGGUGCCGCUUCCAGAAUCUGCGACUGAAAGUGGAAAGGAGUCGGUUGCAAAAGUAUUCGAGGACAAGGCCAUGCACCGCAGCAUUUAUGCUAAAGGCUUUGGUAAAGAAGAACCAAGUACACAAUUCGACAUUGAAGCCUUCUUUGCUCCUUAUGGACCGACCAAUGCUGUCCGCCUCCGACGCACCAACGAAAAGAUUUUCAAGGGGAGCGUGUUUGUCGAAUUCGACUCUGAGGAGUCUCAAAAAAAAUUCCUAGCUCUUGAUCCAAAGCCCAAGUGGAAAGGAACCACUGAGUUACUCAUUAAGAGCAAAAAGGAGUACUGUGACGAGAAGCUCAAAGAAAUCGAAGCCGGGCGGCUCAAGCCGAGCAAGAAUCGUGGGCCCUUCAGAGGCAGAGGCAGAGGCCGUGGCCGUGGACGUGGAGAUAGUCGUGACUGGAAAGACCGGAGAGCCGAUGAUCAAAAGCGCGGAUUCGGUAAAGGCAGAGGUGGCCAUCGUGGUCGCGGAAAUAGGGAUAGAGACGGCGGACGCCCAGAGGUGCUGAAAGAUGCCCGCGGUGUUCCCAUCGUCCAAGUUUCCGAAGGCCUCAAGUCCAAGGAAGCCACCACCACUGCUGGUCAGAAACGCGCUCGUGAGGAAGAUGCCCCGGCGAAUGGAAACCAUGCUGCCUCGAGCAAUAUUGAAAAUGGUGAUAGACCCACGAAAAAGGUUGAUACCAAAGAGGGUUGAAAAGAUUUGAUUGUAAGGUAAAGAAAAAGUACAGGGUCAACGAUAAUACUAACAUGUUUUAUAUAAAACACACAGAGGGAGGAUGGGACCGGUUUCUCGGCAUCACUUCUAGGCGCAAAAUGGAUCAGGGCAAUCACUGGGAUCUUUGAAUUCGCUAGCCAGUCUAUGGUCUGUAUUCUUUGGGAUGUGCAACCGUGUAUGUAUAUACAAUAUGUACAGGGCGCUACCUAUGUCUUCUGAUCAAAAUGCAAUGUGUCUAGGCACUCACUUAAGUUGAAUGGACACAUAUUCAAUAUGUAUUAUCAGCGUUCUGUUAUAAUAUGAAUCUGGUGUGCUUUUAC